UCAUUCGGUGCGGCCCAUCAGUGUGUGGUGUGUGUCACAGGUAAACGCGCGUACCUCGCAACGGAACGCGUUCACAAGGUACACCCCGGACGGAGCCUUCAUCCCGUGGGGGCUUCCACGUACACGUAGAGAUUAAAUUUAAUUAGUAUUCAUCGCGCUCCUCGGUUCCCGGAGACGGACGUGCGCGCGCCCGAGCUUCACUGAUCGUCCGGUUGGGAUUUGGUGGCAGCAGGUUUUCUCGACAUUAAUCGACUCGUCGAUACACACGAUCGCAGUGUGCGCGUGUGUGUGUGUGCGUGGCGAAGGCCCCUCGUGAUCGGAUCGGGAGAAGAUGAUGGUCUGCAGCACAAAAGCUGAUUUGCAUCUUAGUUUGCUAGAGGAAUAACUGGCAUCGUUGGAAUCGUACACUGUUUCCAGCACCAGACCUGGGUCGCGUAACCGAGGUUCGUAACGUUAGGCGCUGCAGGGAUUUAGUGUUGCGUACACGCUUGUGCAUAUGUGGCUGCGUGUGCGAUAGAUACUGCGUGUGGUGUGCUUUGUGUGUUUGUUCUACUGGCCCCAACCAUCGUACGUCCCUAGUGUUCGGAAUUGCUUCAUCCCACCGGGUGCGUACCGUUGUGCCACAUCGUCUAGCUCAAACCCACCCCACGGAAACCCUUGUGUAAAGUGCGUUUUGCGUCGCGUGUGUGUGUGUUGUUGCUGUUGUGGCACGCGAGAGCAAACAGAGAGCAGUUAAAAGAAAAAAACACAUAUUGGACGGGGAGUUGAAAAAUUCUACACCGCAUCGAGAAGCAAACCGGGAGACGUGGGCAACAGCAAAGCGCCAAGAAAGGAACGACGCAGCAGGAGACGUGGAGACGAGCAGAGAUGGAGCAGCCUAACGGUGGUGUUGGUGAGCCAACCGAUGACCGCAGUGCGUCACCAGCGAGAGCAACCCAGAACAACAAUGCAACCGGGAUGGGUCCAUUGUCGGGAAUCGGCAACGGAAUGGAUACCGUAGCAUCGGCCGCAGCAACCACACCGAAGACAACGAACUGGGUAAAGUUCGAGGAGGAUGGCGAACCGGAACCGAGCAAGUCACCAUCACCGUCACUGCCACCACCACCACCAACGGUCGCUUCCAGUAGGCAGCAGCAUCCUCUGGGGACGGCAGGCAGCAAUCGUCCGUCGGGGGCAACGACACCAUCGGACACAGCACCGCCGGCCGUACUGCCGACGGAAACGGUGCACGUAAAUCUGGACACACGAACGCCUAGCACACCAAAGCAACAACAACCGCAACCAUCCCAUGGCGGCAGCAAACCAACGCCCGGCGCAACCAGCGUCGGAACGUCAGUACCAAGCGGAGUCAACAAAACAUCACAACCGGCCGUCAUAGACAUUCCGAAGCAAUCGGUGAACGUGGUGCAACCGAUUCAGUCGAUGCGAACGAUCGAGCUUUCGACGGGCCGCGUUCGGGAAGGUUUCGCAAACGGUGAUGUUAUCGUUACCUUACUACCAACAAACACUCGGUGGCCAUGGAUCACACCGGCUGUAUUUCGUCCGGAGCUCGUUCCAGAAGAGCUGAUGGCGCAAGGUUUGACGCUCACAGUGGAAGAGUAUGUGCACGCGAUGGACACGCUCGUGAACGAUUACCGGUUCACGCUGUACAACAUCUGCUACAAGCGUGUCCUGAUCGUGUGGAUUCUGUUCGCAUUCAUCGUCCUGAUUGGGCUGCUGUUUUCGGGCUUUUACGGCAUCACGCUGCUGUCGCUUGGUGUGGCCUGGCUGUUCCUGAAUGCGGCCGCCAUUUUCCUUUGCAUGUGGGUUAAGCUGAAGUUGGCGCGUGGUCUCGAGCGGUGCAUGGCACGCGUCAAUAAGCAGCUGAUUCGUCACAAGAUUCUGCUAGCGCUGGACGACCGUGGACACAUCUCCUGCCACAAGGUGAACCUUUGCUUCAUGUACUUCGAACCGUCGCAGUGUAUCAGCUAUCUGAACGAGUUUAUCGAGCGGAGUGAGCAGAACGGCAACACGAUUGAACCUGGCUGGGAAAGCCGACUGGACGUCACGACGAACGAUAUCAUCAUACAGGGUGCGAAUACGACUCGCCUGUCCCGGAAGCAGGGACGAGCGGAAGGCAUCUUUUUGCGGUAUCUACAGCGCUGGGGUAAGGAUUAUCUGCGCCGCCGGCUAGACUGGACGAUCGAGGAGAAUGCUAUCGUGUCGGCACCGCGCCAUCUGCCCACGGCCUACUGUCCCUGCCAGUACGCGGAAGAGGUGUUGCUGCAGAAGAAACCGAAGGAAGAUCCACGACUUUGCUGCGCCACGAUACGGGUCCAUCUGGCCCGCAUCGGGUUCCACUUCUGACAACUGUCCCUCCGACGAUGGUAGGGUGCAGAUCCCAUGCAGCCAUGCAGCCAAAUGUGCCUAACGAAAGUGCUCGAGCUUUUGGCGAAAGUUUUCUGUUCUAGGGCCAAAGGAAUAGGGAAUGAGUGUAGGAGCGAAAAGGUAGCUUAAGCUUUGCAACGAAGUACAAAUUGUGCAAUCUCGCUCGACCAGGAACUGUACUUAGAUCUGUUAGUGACCUCAGAGUGCCUUUUAUUUCGCGGGCCGGGUUGCCAAGGCCGUUUUUGAACGUUUUAUCAGGCGGAGUCGGUGUAGCAAAACCAAGCGAUCAACAUCACUUUGACGCUCUAGACGCUUAAUAGUGGAUGUGCCUGGGGCAUAUAUUUUAAAUGGUGGCGGGUGUGCAUUAGAAUUAGUUGUGGAAGCGUUGUUUCAUUUUAGUAGAAGUAGAAUUUGUUCACGCAUCGAUAUGCAUCGCACGGCUCGGCUGGCUGGCUGGCUGUGGGCAGCUUUUUGUUCAAAUCUUUUCCUUCUUACAAAACUUCCCACCACAGCGUAUUAUACUAACUACUCCUCACGCAUCGGACCAACAUAUGACGCGUACUGCCCCUCUGUGCUGGCUUUUCUAUCCUUCUAUUCGUUGGCCCGCCGUCUUUAUUCGUGUCUCUCCCAAACCAAACUCCCAUUGCAGGAACGAGGAAUGCUGCUGCUUCUGCGUUACGCGUCCCGCUGGGGCAAUGAAGCGAUGCGUGGCCUUAUCGAUGUCACGCCAAACGAUCCGGCCCGACACUGUCGCCAGUACCAGUGUCCCUGCCAGUACGUAGAGUACCACUUGAAGUGCAAACCGCGAGGCAAGUUACGCAUUUUUUACUUCUUCUAUUGGCUAACGGCUUCCGAACGGUACGACUAACCCUUUUGGCUGGCUAGCUGGAGCUGCUAACUUCUUCUUCCUUCUUUCCUAGCGCGCCCUAUCGUGGUAGUUAGAUGGAUAGAGUCUUAUCUUACCCUUUUACUAACCUGUUGAUAGUGAACGGUGUACCCUGUGCUAUUAACCCUUGACUGGGGUAAUUUCCUCCCAGACUAACAACAGCAGUACGCCCUUGCCGUAUCCAUGCUUCCUUUCGCAGUAGUCUCUUCCCGAGUAACGAGUAACACAAAUUUGCUAGCCAUCUUCAAAGCUCUUUUCCGCAAGGCAAACAAAGUCGAUCUUCAUUAGAACCCACCGGCCCCGCCCGGGUACCGAAUUUGUGCGAAGCGUCUCUUUUUAAUUUAGUCGUUAGAACAGCAGCAAGUGUCAUUGUUAACCGAUGGGAAGGUACUCACCACAUUGUCCCUCCUUACUGUUAUUUUUGUAGAAAGUUUUAAAGAGUUCAAAUCCGUCCAAAAAGCCUAGAGCAUCGCUUGCCAAACAUUCUCGCGAUUGCAAUCCCGGAAACUCUGUCCCGUUCCGUUGCUCUGCAGUUACAAGCAGCUUGUACAUUCAAACCUAAUUAAUAUGGGACCAAACGGUGCAGUGCAGAUAGGGAAGCUUUCUUGUUGUUGAUCGUUCAGAUAGUUUAGGGAAGGAGGAGUCGGUUUUCCCCCUAUGCCAGACUGGCCAUUUGUAAUCUCCAAUUUUAUCUCACGGCAAGCAUCUCGGAAGGCGUGAAAGUGUUUUGAAUAAACCUGUUGCUGUAGCGUGUUAUCAGGAAGUCUGAGUUGAAA